AUGUCACGCCGGCGCGAGUCACACCGGCCUGAGCUCACCCCGGUUGUUGUACCGGAGCGAGAAUUUUACUGCGGUAAGAAAUUUCGUAACGUUAUUAUGUAAACUCGAAACGACCUGCCGUUUCGUGUGAAAACGGUCUGCCAGUCGACUGGAACUUGUAGCACAUGCGUAGUUUUCGUCAAUUCAGGAUGGCGUCAUCAUGUUGGUCAUGGAACGAGGAAAAACAUUCAAACAUGUAAACGCGAUAUGAAAUCAAGAAGUCAUCCCGGUAUGAAAUUCGCGCCAUUGCGAGUUUUCUCAUGUUAACACCCCCUAAAGCUCAAUUGACCAGCUUUAAGUGAAUUUCAUGUCGAUCGGCCUUUUUCUUGGAGAGAGACCAUUCUCUUAGCUUCUUGGGCAGAUUAAUGCGAGUGACCCGCUUCUUAAGUUACCUGAGCAUCAGUUUGAAAUUGUCAAAAACGGACUAACUUUUCCUCCUUCGGACCAGAAAAUAUCAAUAACAAUUAUUUACGUGUUCCUCUGUGUCUUCAGCUGCUUAGCAUAACACUAUCAAAGCGAGCAUAUAUUCAUAAAUAUUUUGACAGCCUAUUUGCUACCAGAGACGAUUUUUUAAAAGUUUGGUUUUAAAAAUUUCUAACCAGGAGCUUGAGCAGUUGGAGUGCCUGAAAAAACUCCAAGGCAAAAAUUUUCCUGGUGUCUCAUCUUUGAACCUUUACAUGUAUAUUCUAGCGCUUUCAGAUUAUAUUUCAUUAGAGUUUUAGACAUUUUGUAAUAAAGCAGACUAAUUACAACUCUGAGGACUAACACUUUAAUGUGCCGCUUUUGUGCAAAUAUGAAGCAGUUUAGUAUAAAACAUGGGAAUUGCUAUUUCUGUCAGUUGACAAACCUACUUCACGCUGAAAUUGAAUAGAUUUGACGAAUUAUAUCGAAAAAGAUUAAUUUGAAACAACGUAGUUACGCGAUCUUGCCAUAGUGAAGCGUAGUUGUUAUGAAAUGUCAUACAUUUAACACAAACCACAAAAUGGUGAUUUUGCCUAAACAAUCGUGAAAUGUUUAUAUUAAACUACUCAAACACUUAAGACGCAGAAGUUGUUCAUUCGCCAGUUUAACAGCGAAGAUUAGACUUAUUAAGCACAACAAGGAACUGACUACAAUUGCCCUAGAUAACGGAAAAACUUGAGCUGAAACAAAUUUUUUUAACACGACUAGGAACCCUAUAGGUAAGUAUGAAAGCUUGUCGUAACAGAGGUAACUACAAACCAAACAACGGAGGAAUUUUUUUGCCGAUCUAAAAAGUAAAGUAAUUUUGAUUACUUCUCUUGCCUCGUCGAUGAUUAGGUCAGUGGUAGAGAAAAAUUAAUAGAGAUCCCAUACGGUUAGUUUAAGGGGAAUCUUGAAAAACUGAGCUUAAUAAUCAUCAGCUUGAAAUGUGUAUACAGACUUUCUGCUCAAUAUUGCUAAUCGAUUAAAUGAAAAUGGUUUAUUUAGUAGCACACUCUGUGUGCUGUUGAAAACGAGAAUGCCAAUUUCCACUUAGCCUUGCUGAAGACUAAGGCAAUUGGUAGCUGGGUAUUACUGUGAAAAUAGUUCUUUGUCUCGAUCUGUUGAUAAUUUUUUAAAAUACGAAAAGAAUACAGAAAUUAUGGGUCAAGAAACAAUCACAUUUCGGGUGGUUUAGCCUUUUAUCCAUGACUUGCGUUACAUUUAUAACUAACACGAAAGGUUCACCCGUUGAGGCCAUACAGCACAAAGUAUCACAUCUUAUAUGGAUCGGCAGGUGUUGACGCUUUCUUUUGAUUUCCCAUGUUUCGUUUUUAAUUUUUUCCCUGUUUUAAAAAGGGGGCUGGGAGAACCGUGCUGUAGUAUUGACUUAUGAUUGAAGCUGUUUCGCUCUUUCGUAGGCUGUAGAAUGGAGGCAUUAAAUCACACAGAGAGAUCUAACAUAACUGAUCACGAAGGUCCAGAAAGCGACGGAGAUGACUACAAUAACGGGGAAACGGAUAACGUAACAAAGAUAGUCUUCGUUACUGCUUACAUCAUCAUUAUCAUUUUUUCGUUGGUUGGCAAUUCGCUCGUCAUACACCUCGUGCGCACGCGUGGGCAUAUUCGCAAAAACCCUUUCAACUGGCUUUUGGCAAACACGGCUGUUGCUGAUGCGAUAGAUGUGAUCACAGCUUCCUCUUUCUUAUUGCCGCAAUUGCUAGUUGGUUCUCGAUGGAUACCAGGAAUAGUAGGUAAAAUUCUCGUCAAGAUCAUCCCAUACCUCUUGCUCGUCUCCAUUUGUGUUGCCAUCUGGACGCUAACAGUGAUUGCCGCUGACCGGUAUCUGGCUAUUGUAAGCGUCCAACCAGGGUCACUGUCAUCCCGAUCUGUGGUGCGUGUCAUAGUCGCCCUUUGGUUGUGUGGUGGAGUGAUAUUCAGUGGUCAGUUGUACAAGUUUCAAACAGAGGUAACCGAGGACGGAACAACUGAGCGCUAUGACGAUUGGCACGUUUCAGAGAAGACAUCUGAGACUAUCUACAAGGCGGAAAUGAUUUUGAGAUUUGUUUUAACCUAUGCAGCCCCCCUGAUCAUUAUGACAGUCUUUUACUCCUUGAUCGGCCUCUUCUUAUGGAGACAUAAACCACCAGGGCACGUUAACAGACAGGCUUACGCAAAACAGGCAAGAAAUCGUCGGGCAGUUAUCAAGAUGCUGAUCACAGCUGUGACGGUGUUCACCAUCUGCUGGCUCCCAGUACAUGUUGAUCACAUAAUGUCUAAGUUUUACGAAGAGGCGUACGAGGGAGUGCCCACUAUUGUGCAGUAUUUUUUCUACUGGCUUGCUCACGCAAAUGCUGCAAUUCACCCCUGGCUCUUUAUUGCUUUCAGCGAAAACCUAAGGGCGGAAACGAAAGCAAUAUUUCGAUGUGCCUCGUAUUGGACGCCAUAUAGUCAGAAUCAACUACCAGCAACCACGUCGACGCAAAGUCUGAGGGUCACAUCUUUACAGUCAAAACCAUCAACAUAUCUCGCAGCACCAAGGUCCUUCAAUGACAUGAAUUCCAAUCUUGGUCUGGAAACGAAGUUCUGA